AUGGUUUCUGCGACCAUGUCGCUGGCCACGCGUGGCAUCUACACCGAUGGCCCACCAGCCAUGCAGACCAGAGAUGAAAUCAAUCCGACGCUCAUAAUGAGCUGGUGGGCUACAAUAUUCUCGCUGGCUAUCAUCAUCGUCCGCCUAUUUGGUCGCUAUGUACGAAUCGAACGCUUGUUCCCCGAAGACAAGGUCAUGAUGAUCAGCAUGAUUCCCCUAGUCAUUCGCAUGGUCCUGGUGCACUAUGUGCUCGUUUUGGGGACCAACAACACGACCACCACGGAAUUGACAGAGCAGGACAUCUCAAAUAGGGAACUGGGCAGUAAGCUGGUACUUGCUGCACGUAUCUUCUAUGCCCUCUUCAUCUGGACAGCCAAGGUGGCAGUCUGCGAAUUCCUGAAGCGAGUUACAGGCUUAACCUGGCGUCGAUCAACAACCAUCUUCGUCCGCUUCAUUUCCUUCUUCCUGGCCUCGACACUAUUAGCCGUGGUCAUCGCAACCCUAGCUGAAUGCCAACCCUUCCACCACUAUUGGCAGGUCAUCCCAGACCCAGGCCCAACCUGCCGAAGCGGCUACGUCAACCUCAUGACAAUGGGAACCUGCGACGUAAUCACCGAUCUCCUACUCGUCGCCUUCCCAGUACCAAUCAUCCUCAUGGCCCAAAUGCCCCUAAAACGCAGACUCGGCCUAUCAAUCCUCUUCUGCCUCUCACUAAUCCUCGUCGCAAUAACCUCCUACCGCGUCCCCUCCGUAAUCCAACACAAAGGCUCCCAACAAUACCGCUCCCUCAUCGCCUCCCUCGAAAUCCUCGCCGCAACAGCCGUCUCCAACGUCCUCGUAAUCGGCUCCUUCGUCCGCGACCGCGGUCUCAAAAAACCAAAAUACAAGCCCACCCAAGGCUCCUCCUCCGUCUCUGAAAGCAUGGACAAGUCCUACGAGCGCAGAAACACCGUAAUGCAACACCAGUGGGGCUCCGACUCCGAACUUGCCAACGGCCUAUGCAUCCGUCUAGAUCCAGAUAUCUAUACAUUACCAGGCUCCUCGGACGGAACUCGUCUUACCCGAUCAGCACCCUGCCGUCCUCAGUCAGCCCUCGCGCGAACAGGCACUCUCGACCCCUCAUGGUCAUUCUCCACGACCCGUCGCUCGGACGAUUCCCGCACCUCGGAAACAGACAGUCUGGACGAGAUGAAAGUCUCGCCGAGGGAGUACCUACGCACGAACCAAUCUCCACGAGAAUUCUCGCCGCCAUCAGAGACAUCACGACGUGUGUCGUUCUCCGAUGUCGGCGGUUUAUUGACCAGGACGAUGCCGCAGACUGGAGCCCGUCAUGUCCGGUCGCAGACUAGUGUAACUUCGCCGGUGGAGACGACACAGCGCAGCGGCAGUAGGGCUUUCCUGGAGGAUCUGGGUAUCAUGGCGCCACAGGCUGUUCGAUCACCUCUCUCUGGGGCUGGGCCGCUGCAUCUGUCCGAGGCUGCUUUUCGCAGUCAAGUCCGCAGACUCUCAUUGCCUCCUUGUCCUUCUUCGUCGGAGGUCUCGCUCGAUCCUAGUGUUGAGCUUCAGGAUGUUGGUGGGUUGUUGUCGAGACAUAACCCGCAACCUUAA